AUGUCAACAUUGGCAAACUCUAUUGUUGGGCACGUUUCAACUGGUCUCCAUAUCAAGCCUUAUUCUAGGCUUCAAGUUUUGGCUUGGAAUCCCAUUUCAAAACAGAAGGACCACCAGAGCUUUUUUUGGAGCAAAAGUUUAGUGCAGUGCAAUAACAACGACAAAAGGAAUUUCGCUGUUUAUGCUAGCAGUGUACCAGGAGCUUCAUCGCCUUCUGGACCACCCUCCAACUCCAUUAGGAGCUGGAUUCUAGGACUGGUGGUAUCAAUAAUUCUACCCUUUUUCACACACAAAUGGGGGCCAUUAUGGGUCAUUAAGAAUAGAAUUGAAAAUGCAGUGCAAACUGUAGAAAAUAUAGUGAACGCGGUGGAGAAGGUGGCUGAAGAAGUUGACAAAAUUGCAGAGGAUAUUGUAGAUGAACUCCCUGAAGGACAACUCAAAAAUAUUGCACAUUUUGUUGAAGAUAUUGCCGAAAAAACAGCUAAGAAUGCUGAUUCAAUUGGCAAUUUAAUCGACAAGGUUCAGGAAGCUGAGGAAAAGCUGGAGGGCAUUGUUGAAUCUAUCAGUGAUGAAGGCAAAAAGUCUCCCACAGAAGCAAAUGCGAGAAUGAAACAAGAAGACUAG